AUGGACGUCGACUGCGACGGCGCCAACCGCUCCGACGGAAAAUGCGUGAACGACCCAACGGGGCAGGGCCAGACCGCCUUUAAAGAUGGGGUGGCGAAGUACGGGUUAGAUGACCUGGACUCUAAUAAGCAUUCCUACAUCGUGUUCGGGAACCAGAAGUACUCGACCUCGUUCGAUCCGACGCAGUACGGAGUGCCGGAGUUGGGUGUCGUGGUGGUGGUUUGUGCGGGACAGUUUUUCUAUGCUGUCUGGGGCGAUACGAACGGUGGUACGCUUGUCGGCGAAGCGAGUAUUUCGCUGGCAACCGCUUGCUUUGGCCAGGGUAUGACAGGGAAUAGCGGGCACCCUGAUACUGAUGUUUUGUACCUCGUUUUCACGGGGAAUCGAGCUGCGACGAAUUCCACUGUGGACUGGUACCCACUAACCCCUCCCUAG